AUGAUCUUCCCCGUCUCCCGCUGCGCGCUCCGGUGUCUGCAUCGGCCCGGGGGCCGGACCUUCCCCACCUCCGCCAUGGAGGUGGCCUUCCGAGGCGUGCGGAAAGUCCUCUGUGUGGCGGAGAAAAACGACGCGGCCAAGGGGAUCGCCGACCUGCUGUCCAGGGGUCGCAUGAGGCGGAGGGAAGGACUUUCUAAAUUCAACAAGAUCUAUGAAUUUGAUUAUCACCUGUGCGGCCAGAAUGUCACCAUGAUAAUGACUUCGGUUUCUGGACAUUUGCUGGCUCAUGAUUUCCAGAUGCAGUUUCGUAAAUGGCAGAGCUGCAAUCCUCUUCUCCUCUUUGAAGCAGAAAUUGAAAAGUACUGCCCAGAGAACUUCGUAGACAUCAAGAAAACGCUGGAACGAGAGACUCGGCAGUGCCAGGCCCUGGUGAUCUGGACCGACUGUGAUAGAGAGGGUGAAAAUAUUGGGUUCGAGAUUAUCCACGUAUGCAAGGCUGUGAAGCCCAGCCUGCAGGUGUGGAGGGCCCGCUUCUCUGAGAUCACCCCCCGAGCCGUCACCAUGGCCUGUGAACACCUGACCCAGCCCGACCAGAGAGUGAGCGAUGCCGUGGAUGUGCGGCAGGAGCUGGACCUGAGGAUCGGAGCUGCCUUCACGAGGUUCCAGACCCUGAGGCUGCAGAAGAUUUUCCCCCAGGUGUUGGCAGAGCAGCUAAUCAGUUACGGCAGCUGCCAGUUCCCGACACUGGGGUUUGUGGUGGAGAGGUUUAAAGCCAUUCAGGCUUUUGUGCCAGAAAUCUUUCACAAAAUUAAAGUAACGCAUGACCACAGAGACGGCGUCGUAGAAUUCAGUUGGAAAAGGCAUCGUCUCUUUAACCACACAGCGUGUCUUGUCCUCUAUCAGCUGUGCAUGGAGGACCCCAGGGCGACUGUGGUGGAGGUCAGUUCUAAGGCAAAGAGCAAGUGGAGGCCUCAAGCUUUGGACACUGUGGAGCUGGAGAAGCUGGCAUCUCGCAAGCUGAGAAUAAGCGCCAAGGAGACCAUGAGGAUCGCCGAGAAGCUCUACACUCAAGGGUACAUCAGCUAUCCCAGAACUGAAACAAACAUUUUCCCCAGAGACCUAAACCUGACGGCGCUGGUGGAGCAGCAGACCCCGGAUCCACGCUGGGGGCCCUUUGCCCAGAGCAUUCUAGAGCGGGGGGGCCCCACCCCACGCAACGGGAACAAAUCUGAUCAAGCUCACCCUCCCAUCCACCCCACCAAAUACACCAACAGCUUGCAGGGAGAUGAACAGCGGCUCUAUGAGUUUAUCGUUCGCCAUUUCCUAGCUUGCUGCUCCCAGGAUGCUCAGGGGCAGGAGACUACGGUGGAGAUUGACAUCUCUGGGGAACGCUUUGUGGCCCAUGGUCUUGUGAUUCUGGCCCGAAACUAUCUGGAUGUGUACCCAUAUGACCGCUGGAGUGACAAGACCCUUCCUGUGUAUGAGAGAGGCUCCCACUUCCAGCCCAGCACUGUGGAGAUGGUGGACGGGGAGACCAGUCCACCCCAGCUGCUCACUGAAGCCGACCUCAUUGCCCUCAUGGAGAAGCAUGGCAUUGGUACUGAUGCCACUCACGCGGAGCACAUCGAGACGAUCAAAGCCCGGAUGUACGUCGGGCUCACCCCAGACAAGCGCUUUCUCCCUGGGCACCUGGGCAUGGGGCUUGUGGAAGGCUAUGACUCCAUGGGCUACGAGAUGUCCAAGCCGGACCUCCGCGCCGAGCUGGAAGCCGACCUGAAGCUGAUCUGCGAGGGGAAGAAGGAUAAGUCUGUGGUUCUCAGGCAGCAGAUCCAGAAAUACAGGACGGUUUUCACCGAAGCAGUGGCUAAAGCUAAGAAAUUGGACGAAGCCUUGUCCCAGUACUUUGGGGAACGGGCAGAGGUGCCUCAGCAAGAAGCCAUCUACCCAGCGAUGCCAGCUCCUGUCAGGAAGUGCCCGCAGUGCAACAAGGACAUGGUCCUCAAGACCAAGAAGAGUGGCGGGUUCUACCUCAGCUGCACGGGCUUCCCGGAGUGUCGGUCAGUCGUGUGGCUCCCUGACUUCGUGCUGGAGGCAAGCAGGGAUGAGAGUGUGUGCCCGGUGUGCCAGCCACAGCCCGUUCACAGGUUGAAGUUAAAGUUUAAACGUGGUAGCCUUCCUCCGACUAUGCCUCUGGAGUUUGUCGGCUGCAUCGGCGGAUGUGAUGAGACCCUGAGGGAGAUCUUGAACCUGAGGUUUUCCCAGGGCCCCCCCAGAGCUUGCCCGCCUGCCAACCAGCCCUCUGGCUACCUGCAGGCUAGCCAGUCUCUGAACCGAAUGGACAGCAGCCAGCACGGCCACCCGCAGCCCCCCGACACCAGGCAGCCCAGGCCCUUGAAGGCUCUGGUCCAGAAUCUACCACCAGCCACUGGUGCUGGUGAAAGUGACUCCGUGGUCUGCAACUGUGGCCAAGAGGCCGUGCUGCUCACCGUCCGGAAGGAGGGCCCCAACCAGGGCCGGCAGUUCUACAAGUGCCCUGCUGGCAGCUGCAGCUUCUUCCUGUGGGCCAGCGGCGGCCAUCCGGACCCUCCCUCCGCACCGAGACCCCCUGGCGGCUCGCUGGGACGGCCCGCUGGCUCGGGGAACCGCCCCGGUGGGGUUGGUGGCCCUGGGGAUAACUCUGGCGGUGGCACGUCCUGCCUCUGUAGUCAGGCCACUGUCACACGGACGGUGCAGAAGGACGGGCCCAACAAGGGCCGCCAGUUCCACACGUGUGCCAAGCCGAGGGAGCAGCAGUGCGGCUUCUUUCAGUGGGUGGACGAGAACGUGGCGCCAGGGACUUCUGGAGCCGUGCCCUGGCCAGGAGGCGGCGGGAGACCCCACGGGCCCCAGCCCACGAGCAAGAGAGCGCGGGCCGGCUCCUCCGACCCAGGUUCCACGGCCAAGAAACCUCGGAAAUGCAGCCUUUGCCACCAGCCUGGACACACCCGCCCCUUCUGCCCUCAGGGCCGAGGAGGAAGCCUCUGUGGCCAGGACACGCCUGCUCAGGUGCCUUAA